AGUUUAAACCUCGAUAGGGAUGAAAUUGGUAUAAAUACCAUCAACGUUCGUAGUGUCAACAUUGUCUUCUGUGAAACGACGUAACGCAACAAAGCAAAAUGAUGAAAAUGAUUGUAUUCGCUGCCCUUGUGGCUCUUGCGGUUGCUGUACCUGCACCUGAGGCUAAGGCUGAUCCGGAACCUAAACCUGCGCCUGAAGCCAAACCUGGUAUUGGCAUUGCUGCCGCUGCUCCGGUAGUCACUGCUUACAGCGCUCCCUAUGUAGCCGCUUCCGCCUACCCAUAUGCCUACUCUGCUUACUCUGCACCUUUGGCAUACUCCGCAGGAUACGCUUACCCAGCUGCUUACUCAGCUCGUCUUAUAUACGGUUAAAUUUUUGGCAAAUAAAUGAUAUUUAAGAAGCAUAAAA